UAAAGCACGACCAGUCUGAGAAUAUGUGGGUCCCGAGAUCGUUCGUCUUGUUGGUGGCGCUUAUGCCAGGUUUCUUGGAGGCAGCCCGAAUCCUUGCCUUGUUUCCCAUACCAAGUCAUUCGCAUUAUUAUCACGCCCUUCCCUAUCUAAAAAGCUUGGCUUCUCUGGGACAUGAAAUUACCUCUGUAAGUCCAUUUCCAUCGAAGGAACCUGUGAAAAACAUUCGCGACAUUCCUGUUCCGGAAUUGUUUGACAAUAUUGAGGAAUUAAUAAACGCUUUAAGCACAUCCAGGGGCACUUGGGAUGACAAUGAAUAUAUCAACACUUACAACCUUGGCCUUGUAAAACAAGUGCUGAACAAUGACGGAGUGCGUCGAGAGGUUCUCAAGCCAGGAAAAGCUCAGUUCGACCUGAUAAUUGUGGAUCUUUGGCGGCUCGAUGGUCUAUAUGGCCUGGCCGCCUAUUUUGAUGCCCCAAUAAUUGGAAUAGCUUCCUAUGGAACUGACUGGAAGAUCGACGAGUUAGUGGGCAAUGUAUCACCGAUUUCAUACCUCCAGUCUCCUUCUGCUAAAUGGUUCGACCUGCGAAGCUACAGUGGACGUUUGGCACACUUUGUGGAUCGCUUGCUUUCUUGGAUUAACUGGCACUGGCGUCAUGAGGCGAAGCACCAGGCACUCUACAGAAAGUAUUUCCCGAAGAUUGCUGACGAACAACCUUUGUCGGAGAUUACCAGAAAUUUUGCCUUGAUUUUGGUCAAUCAACACUUUACAUUGGCUCCACCUAGGCCAUAUGCACCGAAUAUAAUCGAGGUGGGAGGCAUGCAUAUCAAUCAGGAACCGAAACCUUUACCCAAGGAUUUGGAGGAAUUUAUCCAAGGGGCUGGCAAACAUGGAGUAAUUUACUUCUCCCUCGGCGGCAAUGUAAGGAACAAAAACCUGGCUGAGGAUCGCAAGAAAAUAUUGAUCGAAACAUUUGCCAGUUUGCCACAGCGCAUCCUGUGGAAGUUUGAAGAUGAGGAGAUGCCAGAAAAGCCAUCCAAUGUGUUAAUAAGCAAAUGGUUCCCCCAGCAGGAUAUCCUGGCCCAUCCAAAAGUUAUACUGUUUAUAACCCACGGAGGAUUGCAGAGCACCGUCGAAUGUAUUCACCAUGGCAAACCGAUGCUGGGACUGCCAUUUUUCUAUGAUCAGUUCAGGAACAUGGAGCAUAUCAAAAGACAGGGCUUGGGUUUGGUCCUCAACUAUAAGGAUAUGACAGGAGACGAAUUCAAGGACACUAUUCUGCGGUUGUUGACAGAAAAGAAUUUCGAUGUCACGGCGAGAACAACUGCUGCGCGAUAUCGGGAUCAGCCCAUGAAUCCUCUGGAUACUGCAGUAUGGUGGACUAACUACGUCCUUCGUCACAAGGGAGCUAAAUAUAUGCGAGUAACAGGCAGAGACUUGGACUUCUUCACUUAUCACAGCCUGGAUGUCCUGGGAACUUUUCUCCUAGGCUUUUUGGUUGUCUUUGCAAGUGUUGUCUUUUUUGUGUUUAUGUUAUUGAAAAUUGUCAUGCGAAGUGAAAAGAAUACAAAAACUAGAAAGCGGAAAACUAAAUAA